AACUCACCCUUUUCUUUUCUCUAACUUAAAAUCUUGUAUUGAAGGAGUAUAGUAUCAGAUUAAAAUCUUGUUUUGCAAAUUUUUAGUUCUAAAAAUUAAAAGUAAACGACAGGGUGGAUAAAGGAAAAAUGGGAAUGUGACAAUUGAACUUGCUAAUGAGGUUCUAACAAACUUUGACAAAUAUUAUUUAUCUAAAAAAUAAGUUAUAGAGUUUCUCCCUAUUUUGAUUAAAGUCAUAUCUUACAAACAAAUACAAGCAAGCUCAAGAGAUCCUAGAUCUAUUUAGGAAGAUAAGCUAUACCUCCUUUGUGCAAUCUUUUUCUCCAACUUAGCAAAGCUAGUAGUUUAGUCCUGUAUGGCAAUAACAGCUCAUUCUUCAGCUUUUUCAUCCCAUGGCACCAACUAGCCAGCUCAAACUCGAACAGAAACCAACAAUUUGAAUUCAAGGAGAAAAUACCAAUUUCAUCAAGAAACCAUACUCUUGAAGAAACCAAUCUUGAAUCUGACAUAGAUGUAUAGAGAAUGUGUUUGUUCUAAAUAGAUGCAGAUUUAAUAUUUCAAAAGCAAUUUUUGAAAAUUAAUUUAGAAAACUCAUAGAUGAAAAUGGUGGUUUUCUCUUAAGGAAGAAGAAGAAGCAAAAGAAUAGAGAAACCUUUUCAAAACCUCACCUCAAAAUUGACCCCUACCAAAUGAGGAAUCAUUUGGCUUUUACCAAAAAAUUCCCAGGUCAGAAUAGUACACAUGGCAACUGAGAAAAUUCGUAGAAUAAGACAAAAAGGUUUGGUAGGAUCCAACUGGAAAACUUACUGAUGCAAAAAAUGACUAGUCAUACGAAAACAAGAUGACUAGUCAUAAUCUUAAGAAAUCUAAUGAAUGCAAUAUGAUGCAAUGCACAAAUUACCUUUGUCAAUAUGAUUGAUCUUCCAUAAGAUAGCAGCCAGAUAAGAACACUUAGAGAAACUAUUCUUAAACUAAACUUGAGUUUGGGUGAUUACAAUAUAUGUCCUCUUACAAUAUUGUCAAGAGAAGCCAAAAGAAAAACUCAAAAUGCAUACACUUACAUAAUCAAGUUGGUAAAUAUACCAAUAACCUUCGACAUGAUCGCGAUGAUAAAGUGCCAAUAAGAGUUUCCCAUCAGACUCAACCAGGUAAGAGAAUAUUGGAUAAGAUUGUAUCCCUAAGGAGAUUGAACAAUCCACCCAUUCUUAAAGUCUACAUCCAACUUACCCACCAUUAACGACAUACCUUACAUAAAAACACAAUAGAAAACUCCGUCAGCAUAGGUGACGUCCUUAGACCAUCUCCAACCCAAGGGGUGGAAACUCAAAUUUUGAGUUUUGAGUCCAAAAAUCUUCUCCAAUGUAUUUUUGGGGGUGAAAAUUUGAGAAAUCUCAAAAUUGGGGUGGAAUUCUAGUCUGAUUUCUGCAUGGACUGAUAAUUUUGUGGGCCCAAAAUAUGCUUUAAUUUUGUUUUUUUUAUAUUUCGGCUGGAAGCCCACGUGAUGGCCAAAUUGGCUGGGCCUGCUGACAAAUGCGAAAAAGCAGAUUCCCAUUUCAUUUAAUGAUGGCCAACGGCUACUUUUUCAAAUAAUCUGAUAUGCUGUUUUUUUUUUUUUUUUAUAUAUUCCAACAGCUAUAAAAUCAACGAUUAUGAUUCAUUUUAGGCAAUCCCAACGGUAAAAUUUCACAUCCAAUGGCUCAAAUUUAAAUCAAACGGUCAAAAUAAUAUUUAUAAUUAAUCUAAGUCAGAUCCAACCCGAAAACUUAUUCCAAACUCUAUAAAUAGCCAUUCAUUUGGUAAAUAAUCCACCAAAAAUCUUUUUUGUUUUCCUUUCUCCCUUUGUUAUAAUUUUUCAUUCUACAUUCAUUCUUAUUGAGAAUGGCCCCCAAACCCCAAAGAGGUGUGAAUUGGAAACCACAAGAAGAUGAGGCAUUGUGCAAAGGGUGGGUUUUUGUCUUUGAAGAUGGGUCUAUUGACACGAAUCAAUCAAACGACUCAUUUUGGUUGCGUAUGUACCAAAAGUUUUUGGAAAAUGAUCCGGGCAUGAGCGGAGCCGGGGUACGAUCACCGCAAGCUAUUGUUUCUCUGUUCAAGAUCAUCAACCAACAAUGUUCUCUUUGGAAGGCAUGUAUAACAAAGGCUAAUGCAAGGCAUAUGAGUGGCUCCAAUCUUGAAGAUGUGGAUAUGAAUGCAAAAAUACUUUUCUUGAAUGAUAAUAAACCUCCGAAUAUGCCUUUCAAGUUGUAUCAUGCUUGGCAAAUCUUAAAAGAUUGCCCAAAAUGGAACGACCUAUGUGAAUCUCCUACACAAACAUUCAAAGAUUCUUCUCAUAGUGGCAAUACAGUCAAUUUGGAGGAAGAUGAAGAUGAUGUGGUCAUGCCCACUCCAAGGCCGUUGGGAAGAGAUAAACAAAAGGAUGAAAAAAAGAAAGGGAAAGGUGUUGAAAGUUAUCUCAACUAAAGUGGUAAGUUCUUGUCUAAAUUGGUUCAACAAGGAAAUGAGGCAAAAGAGGAUAGGAGGCGAAAGUUAGAGCUCCUAUAAGAGCAACAUGCAUAUCAAAUCCAACAAAAUAAGGAGGCCAAUGAACAAAGGAUAAUGUCCAUGGGCCUAUCCAAAUUUACUCCAAGAAAGAAAAAGUAUUGGGGGAAUAAUAAAGACGAAAUUAUUGAGGCCCAGAUGAAUACAAGUUCCCCCUACAAUCCAGAAGACAACUCUGGAGACUAUUAUCUAAGCCCUCCACAUAGCGGUUA